AUGGCUGGAAGGAACGAUGCUGCGAUUGCUGCUGCUUUGGAGGCUGUGGCUCAGGUUCUGGCAAAUCAACCAAAUGCCGAUGAGAAUGCUGGAUCUCGUAGUUUGGCGACCUUCCAGAGGGAGAAUCCGCCGGUCUUCAAAGGAAAACAUGACCCUGAUGGCGCAUUGGAAUGGUUGAAGGAGAUUGAGAGGAUCUUCCGUGUGAUGGAUUGCACUCCAGUGCAGAAGGUUCGUUAUGGUACUCACAUGCUAGCAGUCGAAGCUGAUGACUGGUGGCUAGAGACUCGCCAGAGAUUAGAGGUGGCAGGUGAAGAGAUCACUUGGGUUGUGUUCCGCAGGGAAUUUCUGAGAAAGUAUUAUCCUGAAGAUGUUCGGGGUAAGAAAGAGAUUGAGUUUCUCGAGCUAAAACAAGGGAAUAUGUCAGUGACUGAAUAUGCUGCAAAGUUCACUGAGUUGGCUAAGUUCUAUCCAUACUAUGAAGGAGCGGAUGCUGAGUUCUCUAAGUGCGUCAAAUUUGAGAGCGGGUUGCGCUCUGAGAUCAAGAAGGCUGUUGGGUAUCAGAAAAUUCGUAUUUUUCCAGAAUUGGUUGACCGUUGCAGGAUCUUUGAAGAAGAUAACAAUGCUCAUUAUAAGGUUGUUACUGACAGGAGAGGCAAGCAACAACAGAAUCGUGGUAAGCCAUAUGAUGCUCCAGCUGGUAGAGGUAGACAGAGAGCUGCUCCGGGUCAGAGAACUAGUGGGGGAGGUGCUCCUGCUGGUAUUGUUUGUUUUAAAUGUGGGCAAGCCGGUCACAAAAGUAAUGGUUGUACUAAUGAUGUUAAAAGGUGUUUCCGUUGUGGCAAGACUGGGCAUGCAAUAUCUGAUUGCAGGCACAAGGAGAUGAUCUGUUUUAAUUGUGGUGAAGAGGGACACAUUGGGAGUCAGUGUCAGAAACCAAAGAAGGCACAAUCUAGUGGAAAAGUGUUUGCUUUGGCUGGUGAUCCGUCAGGAAAUGAGGACAGACUUAUCAGAGGUACAUGUUUCAUAAAUAGUACUCCUUUAAUUACUAUUAUUGAUACUGGUGCUACUCACUGUUUUAUUGCUGCUGAUUGUGUUGAAAGAUUGGGUCUUGUGUUGUCUUCUAUGAAUGGGGAAAUGGUAGUUGAGGUUCCAGCUAAGGGGACAGUGACUACUUCCCUAGUAUGUUUGAGAUGUCCUUUGUCGAUCUUCGGAAGGGACUUUGCUGUUGACUUAGUUUGUCUGCCGUUAAGUGGGUUGGAUGUAAUUUUGGGUAUGAACUGGUUAGAGUAUAACUAUGUUCAUAUUAACUGUUAUAACAAGUCUGUGAGGUUUUCAACCGCUGAAGAGGAAGAAGCUAGUUUAGUGUCGCCUAAGCAGUUGCGACAAUUGCUGAAGGAAGAAGUUAAGAUGUUCUCAUUGAUGGCAACGUUAUCAAUGGAGAAUCAAGCUAUAAUUGAUGAGUUGCUGGUAGUGCGUGAGUUUCCUGAAGUUUUCCCUGACGAAAUUCCAGACGUACCUCCGGAAAGAGAAGUUGAAUUCGGGAUUGAUCUUGUACCUGGUACCAGACCUGUAUCUAUGGCACCGUACAGGAUGUCUGCAUCGGAGUUGGCAGAAUUAAAGAAGCAGUUAGAAGAGCUACUCGAGAAGAAGUUUGUCAGACCAAGUGUAUCGCCGUGGGGAGCUCCAGUGCUAUUAGUAAAGAAAAAGGAUGGAAGCAUGAGACUUUGUGUUGAUUACCGGCAGCUGAAUAAAGUGACGAUUAAGAACAAGUAUCCGCUUCCAAGAAUUGACGACUUAAUGGAUCAAUUGGUGGGUGCUAGCGUGUUUAGUAAAAUUGAUUUGCGAUCGGGUUAUCAUCAGAUUAAAGUGAAGGAUGAAGACAUUCAGAAGACAGCAUUUAGAACAAGGUAUGGACAUUAUGAAUAUUCUGUGAUGCCUUUCGGUGUUACUAAUGCGCCGGGAGUAUUUAUGGAGUAUAUGAACCGUAUCUUCCGUGAUUACUUGGAUCAGUUUGUCGUAGUGUUCAUAGAUGACAUCUUAAUAUAUUCUAAGUCAGAAGAGGAUCACGAGGAUCAUUUGAGGACGGUGUUGCAAGUGCUGAAAGAAAGAAAGUUGUAUGCAAAAUUGUCCAAGUGCGAAUUUUGGUUGAAAGAGGUUAGUUUUCUUGGUCAUGUCAUAUCUGGUAGUGGCAUUGCUGUAGAUCCUUCUAAAGUAGAUGCUGUGUUGCAAUGGGAAUCUCCGAAGUCAGCUACCGAGAUUAGAAGUUUCUUGGGUUUGGCCGGUUACUACAGACGAUUUAUCGAAUGUUUCUCUAAGUUGGCACUUCCGUUGACCAGGUUGACUUGUAAGGGUAGAGCUUUUGUAUGGGAUACGCAAUGUGAAGAAAGUUUUGUAGAGCUGAAGAAGAGAUUGACGACGGCUCCAGUCUUGACAUUACCUAAUCCAGGAGAACCUUUUGUUGUGUUUUGUGAUGCUUGUCUGAUGGGGUUAGGUGGUGUACUCAUGCAGAAUAAUAAGGUGGUUGCUUAUGCUUCUAGGCAGUUGCGGGAUUAUGAUUUUGGUCUGAAUUAUCACCCAGGUAAGGCUAAUGUAGUGGCAGAUGCAUUGAGUCGGAAAACCUUGCAUAUGUCAGCAAUGAUGGUUAGAGAAUUGGAAUUAAUUGAACAAUUCAGAGAUAUGAGUCUUGUUUGUGAAACGACGCCGCAGAGUGUUAUGCUAGGGAUGUUGAAGAUUAAUAAUGAAUUCCUGGAUCAGAUCAAGGCAGCGCAGAAGUUAGAUGCGAAUCUGGUAGAUUCAAUGGUUGGGAUUGAUCAGUCUGAGAAUAGUGAUUUUAAUUUGAAUGCACACGGUAUGUUGAGAUUCCGUGAUCGAAUUUGUAUUCCUGAUGAUGCGGAGCUGAAAAGACUCAUUCUUGAAGAAGGUCAUAGAAGUAAACUGAGCAUUCAUCCGGGAGCUACUAAAAUUUUUCCUGUGUCGAAGCUUGCGGAAAUUUAUACUAAUGUGAUUGUUAAGCUGCAUGGUGUUCCAUUAUGUAUUGUGUCGGAUAGAGAUCCAAGGACUCCGUUGUGUUGGCAUGAGACAGGAGAAAGUGUAGUACUUGGACCUGAACUUGUUCGAGAGACUACUGAAAAGGAAGGUGAUCAUGUAUUCUUGAGAGUCACGCCGGUAACCGGUGUUGGACGGGCGUUGAAGUCGAAGAAACUUACUCCUCGAUUUAUUGGUCCGUAUCAGAUAUCGGGCAAAGUAGGAAAUGUUGCUUAUAGGGUGGCGUUGCCGCCAAAUCUUUCGAAUUUGCAUGAUGUAUUCCACGUGUCACAACUUCGAAAGUACAUUCCAGAUUCAUCUCAUGAGAUCCGUAUGGAUGAUGUGCAAGUACGGGAUAAUCUAACCGUAGAAACCAAGCCAGUACGUAUUGUUGAUCGCGAGAUGAAGAUUCUACGAGGAAAAGAGAUUGCAUUGGUCAAAGUUGUCUGGUUAGGAGCUGCUGGAGAAAACAUGACAUGGGAAUUGGAAAGCAAGAUGCGAGACUCUUAUCCCGAGUUGUUUGAAGCAGUUAUGUCGAAAUUGUGGUUUAUGUCGUUAAGUUGA